AAGAAAGGGAGAAAAUAUCGGCGGAAGGCAAAUCGGAGAGAGGAAAAUGGAGGGGAUAGAGCACAGAACCCUGAAGGUUAACGGCAUAAACAUGCAUGUAGCAGAGAAAGGCAAUGGUCCGGUGAUUCUCUUCAUCCACGGAUUCCCCGAGCUCUGGUACUGCUGGCGCCAUCAGAUCCUUGCUCUUUCUUCCCUCGGCUACCGUGCCAUAGCUCCUGACCUCAGAGGCUACGGCGACACCGACGCGCCAGAAUCAGUCUCCAGCUACACUUGCUUCAACUUGGUCGGCGAUCUGAUUGGCCUACUCGAUGCGGUUGCUGCCGACCAGGAGAAAGUGUUCGUCGUUGGCCAUGACUGGGGCGCGAGCAUCGGUUGGUACUUGUGCUUGUUCCGCCCGGACAAAGUCAAGGCUUAUGUGAGCUUGAGUGUGCCUUUUCGAAGAAUAAAUCCGGCGACGAGAGUGAAACCAGUCGACUCCUUACGAGCAAUUUUUGGCGAGGAUUAUUAUAUGUGCAGAUUUCAGGAGCAAGGAGAAAUAGAAGCAGAGUUUGCACAGAUCGGAAUAGAGGAAAUUAUGAAGGAGUUCUUAACAUACAAGCUUCCAGAUGCUCUCCGUUUCCCUAAAGGUACCAAACCGUUCGGGCAUCCACGGGAGAGUCCCGUUCUAUUGCCUCCCUGGUUGUCGGAGAAGGAUAUCCAGUACUACGCCUCCAAGUUUGAGAAGACAGGUUUCACCGGAGCCGUGAACUACUACCGGAAUUUGAACCGAAACUACGAAUUGCUGGUGCCGUGGACGGGGAGUCAGAUCAAGGUGCCGGUGAAGUUUGUGACCGGAGAUCAGGACCUCGUGUACCAUAUGCCAGGUUUGAAGGAGUACAUUCACAGUGAAGGAGGGUUGAAGAAAGACGUACCGUUGCUGGAGGAAGUGGUGGUUAUGGAAGGCGUUGCUCACUUCAUCAACCAAGAGAAAGCGGAAGAGAUCAACACUCACAUUUUCAACUUUUUCCAGAAGUUCAUCUAAAUUGCCUAAUAAGAUCAUAUGGUGACUACCAAAUAAUGUUGUUCUACACUUCUACUCUAUGGUUUCAGUAUAAUUAUGCCUCAUGGUGCUCUGUGUAAAGAUGAUCCUUCUCUUUGAUCGGAAUAAGAAAGCAAGCAAGCUUAAUGCGUUGCAUAUCUAAGAU